AUGAAUAAUGAUAAUUUUUUAAAACUUUUCGCAUAUUGGACUGUAAAAGAUAAGGGUGGCAAUAAUAAUAAUAAUAAUAAUAAUAAUAAUAAUAAUAAUAAUAAUAAUAAUAAUAAUAAUAAUAAUAAUAUAGUUAAAAAGAAAAAUAAUAGUAAUAAUAAUAUAGUUAAUAAAAAUAUAGAAAAUAAUAUAGAAUUAUCAAAUAAAAAAAAUCAAAUUAAAUCUAUCUAUGAUAAUGUUUAUUCAAAUAAUAAUAAUAAUAAUAACAGUAAUUUAAAGAAUAAUGAAAGUGUUACACCUAAAAAACUAAUUCAUUCGUAUGACAAUAUUAAUAGUGAUAUUAAUAAUAAUGUUAAUAGUAAUAAUGAUAGUAGUAGAGAGCAGUCAAUAUAUUCAAUGAUGCCAAUGUCUAGUGAAAGUGAGAGUAGUAGUAGUUCAACAUAUACAAUAGAUGAAGAUUUAUCUUAUUUCAUUACAGAUACAUCUUCUACUUAUUCAUCAUGUUAUCUUGAUAGUAGUGAAAGAUAUAACUAUAAUAAUAACGAUUGUAAUAACGAUAACGAUAAUAAUAAAAAUAAUAAACAAUAUGAAAAAGAUAAAAAUGAAAAAUUAGAAAGAGAGAAAUCAAUAAUUACAAGUAGAAAGUUGAAAGAUACCGGUAGAGAUUGGAAUAGAGAGUUUCAGAUAUUACUAAAGAUGCAACCAACAAUUGAAAAGUACGAGAAACUAACGUUUAUGGCUGUAGAUUUCGUAAAGGCAGCGGAAACCUACGGUCGUAUCAUCAUCAAGGAGAUGUUUAUGCCGAACGAAAUAAAGACUAUACCUUCAAUCGAUAUCGGUGGUAUUGCCGGUGGUCAAAAGUAUAUCUGUCAGAAUAUCCUAUUCAAAUUUGCCUAUGAUCAACCUAUUUUCAGAGGAGUCUAUAAUAAACAAGAUCGUGAUGAUAGCGAUUCAAGUUCAACAUGUUGGCUAUAUGGUGGAAAGGUACCUUCUGAUAUUGGUGCAUCGAAAGCAGCUGGUAACGAACUUCGAGGACUAUCUUAUUUCUUCCAGAAUCUGUUGGACAAUGACUUUGGACAUAAAAUUAAUGUACCUUUGAUGUGUAUCAUUGAUUAUUAUGGUUAUAGAUUAGUUGCAAUUUCAAAGUUACCAAUUAAUAAAUCAACAUUGAUAUAUGGAAGUUGUGAUGGUGGACAAAAUGUACAUAAUGAUCGUGAAGAGAUCAAUCAAGUGAUGGAGAAAGUUGGAAACAAGAUGAAUCUACAAGGUCAUCUCUCUGGUCUCAAACCUAAAUUCAUUUACGGACCUGGUGACUUUGAAAUACAUGCUACUCCAGACGAUGAAUACUAUGCACUUGAUUUCGCAAGAUUACUUCCACCUCAAGCUCAUUUCAAUGAUUCAAAUCAAGGAAUUCCACAUAGAGAUGUUUUCUAUAAAUUGUUAAGACCGGAAUUAGUACAUUCCUAUGUGAAACCAUUGAAUUCCGAUUGUUUCUCCAAUUGGAAUGCCGAUCCAGAUGAAGAGAAGCACAAUCAAGAUGUGGUCGAUGCUACCAAGCAUUUGUAUGAUGUGGUAGUUGGACAGGCUGCAAGAGAGUUGGAGCUGAAAGCAAAGCAGUUUGAAGGCGGGCUGGUGAGUGCCAGUAACUUUGAAGUGACUGUAGAGGUUCACAAGUUUGGCAUUAAUCUCAGACACUUGGGAAGAGUUCGUUCGCAUAUCGAUGUCCAAUACCGUCAUCUUAGAAAGCUGAUACUCAACGAGAUGGUGGUGAGAGUAUUGAAGAAUGAAAUCAAAGAUGAACAACGUAUUCAGCUGUCCGGACACUUUAGUGGCUCGGAGGAAAAGUGUAUCUCUACGAUUGUCAACUUUUUGAAUCGAGUAUUCAAUAUCGACCGGUAUCAAUCGGAGAUUAAGGAGUUCUGGACAAUUAAGAUCAAGACAUUGCUUCUCGAUAAAUACGGUAGAAAUUGUGGAUUAACAAAUGAGGAACUCGAUAGUAAAUACGAUCUGCUACAAAGUAUUUCACUCUCAGAGGUCAUCGAUCGAUUCCAACUAAAGACUGGUAUUAAAUUGUCUUCUCGUGUAAAGACCAUACUAAAGACACAUGACUUGGAUCCGAAAACCAAUGAUCUUCCAAUGAUUUUGUAUACCGAUAUCAAAGAGGUGAAACCGGUCAUCAAGCAUACCAACCAGAUUGCACGCUCCGAAGGUAUAUCACUCUACAUGAAAGCACUCGAGUUUAUCUAUGCCAACACUGUUUACUUUGGAAAACCAAAUGCCAAACCCGACUACAAUCGAUUCGGUCGAAAGUUUGCCGAAGAAAUAUCCUUGUUGGAUUCGUGUCGUCGCAAGUUGGAACUGGCAUCGAGAUCGUCCACCACUGAUUCUUCACUCUAUCAUUUGUUGGGACUGGUAGAUAUCGAAAAGUACAAGUUGCAGUGGUAUCAAAAGAAUUGGUUACCUACGAUCGUCGAGAGCAAACUUAUCAUUCAACGCGCCGAAAAGAAUGUAUUGACAUCGCUCCAAUUUAAUGAAACACCCAAUGCAAUUCUUACACUUGGUACCAUCUAUAAUAUUAAAUCAGAGUGUAAGAAUGCACAUAUUACCUAUGGUCGUUUAGAGAGAUUCGAUUUGUCAUUGGUCGUUCCUACUCUCUAUGAGAGUGCAUCUCUCUAUGCUCCUUACUAUUCGAAUUCCUAUCAAGUACAAUCUCUUUGUAUUUCUGUUCAUCAACUUUGGAUACUUAUCAACUUGUUGGAAUCAUUACCGGUUGACCAUGAACUAGUGAGUAAAUAUCUAUAUAAUACCUACAAGAUUAUGGUUAUAGUAUUACUUCGUUCGAUUGCCGAGAAGAAUAAUCAAUGUAUCGCUACUCUACAGGUGAUUUACAACGUAGUUAACGGUUUGGAUAUAAACGACUAUCCUUUCGAUUUGGGUGUAACCUAUGGACCAUUCAUUGAAAAGGUGUUAUCGCAAUUCGAUUCACAUAUUUUGGAUGACAUUCUUUUGGAAUCAUUUGGUAAUCAUUAUGGAAGUGUAAACUUUACCAGUUUCGUUAGGUUCUUACCGUAUGUUCCAUCACUUGCUCCGAUUCUCAUUGGAAAUUUACAGAGUUAUCCAUUGUCCACAUUCAAUCAAUAUUGUUUGGAGAAUCUCUAUAAAGAUAACCAAGCCGUUUCAGCAUUACUCUCAUUGAAGCACCCAGUCGACAUCCUUAUCAUCAACAGGAAAUCUACAGAGACUUGUCAUUCACUAUUGAAAUUCCAGAACCAAAUUACUACAUUGCUGCUGGAGAAUCUAUUCAUAACAAGUGACCAGAAUUUCCUUGAUAUCUUUCAAUGUAUUGGUCCAACCUUGGAGGUGUUAAAGUUGAAUUCCGUCAAAUAUAACCAACCAAAUCCAAAGCUCACACCAAUGACCUGCCCGAAUAUUAAACAAGUUGAAAUUAGAGAUUUCCAUCUUGAAAAUGAAACAUUGGUUUGGUUAUUCAAUGUAAUUGGAGCAUCAGUUCAAAGUCUUAUUCUUGGUAAUAUUCAUUUCGAACAAAUGACAUCCAAUUGCCUAUUGUCAAUGAACAAACUAGAAUCUUUAUAUGUCUACUAUCUACCAACCAAUAUCACUACCUUUGGUUGUUUUACCGACUUUAACGAGUGCAAUGAACCAAUGGUAUAUUCCCUGAUGUCACAAUGUCCAUUAAUCACCAAUCUCGAUGUAAAGAUAAAUUCCUACUUUAACGAUACUGGUUUCAAAAAGAUACUAGAGAAUAUUCAAUCACUCCAAUCAAUCUCUCUGGAUUUGUGUCAAGAACUAACUGAUGCCUCGAUUAUUGCAUUAUGUUCUUCAAACAACAUUCAUACUCUACAAUCAGUUUCAAUAUCAGCAACUAAUAAUAUAAGUGAUACUGCAUUUGUAAAGUUGGCAGAAUCUUGUUCGAAUCUUAAGGAGCUUACUAUCCCAAACUUUGAAAGAUAUACUACUGUUCAAUAUUUUGGUUCUAGAUAUAAACAUAUUAAAAUACAAUAA